AUGUCGCCGGCGUCGAGUCCUUUGAACGAGCGUGCAUUGGCGACGCAGGAGUGGCUUCUAUCCCGCCGCAUGCUGUUUUACACAAAAGAGUGCAUGAUCUGGUCCUGUCGCACCAUAAACCAACGAGAAACCCGGGAAUGUUUUGGUGAUGUGGCGCGCAUGAUUGAAGAUUAUAGCACCCGCAAGCUGACCCGACCCACGGACCGCCUCAUUGCGCUUGAAGGUAUUAUUGAUAAGUUGCAAAAGAGGAACAACACAAAAUGUCUUCAGGGUAUAUGGCUCGACACGCGGGCGGAUCAGUUGUUGUGGUUUCCUUUGAAACUAGCCAAGAGGACAGAAAAUCCUUUAAAGGUUCCUUCAUGUCAUGGGAUCCGAUAUCAAAAGAUUUGCCAUGCAAAGAAAAUGUAUCGGCUCUUGGAUGUGGAAGACGAAAAAAUACUGCAGGUGCUAGGGUUGGUGAAAGAAGCCCCACUUCUGCAGUAUCAGCUAUCGAGGAAAGACAGUGUAACUGACAUGGAGGACCAAGGAACUCCUGACCCACGAGUUGCCAAGAUCCUCGACCAAGUCCGAGAGACCGGUUUACCCGUUGAAAUGUCUUAUGUUUUCUGCGACACGGGUGGAAAACCAUUGGGUUGGGCAACUUUAGACGAGGGUUGCCUUCCGACAGAUCAGGUACAAUGUCUUUCAAUUUUUGCCAAGGGUGAAUUUAACCCUCGUCAGCGGUGGAACGAACCGGAUGAAUUUGUUGAGUACUGGAUGUUGCUCCUUGUGCAAGUACGAGAGGGUAGGAGUCGGAAUGGUUAA